AUCGCAUCGUUAUUAAAUAAACGUGCUCCAUUUUUGAAAAUCGUUCGAAACGGCAUCACGUGGUCAGCAGUGCGUAGAAUUUUCGGUUAACAUCGUAGCAUCGAAGCGGCGGCCAUUACAUGAACGCUUUUUCGGCGAGAUCGUUAUUCCCGUGCGAUAUAUUCAACUCGCUGCUUCCUGAAGGCACAAUGGCAGACAACGAUGAUCUUCUGGACUACGAGGAUGAGGAGCAGACUGAGCAAGUCGUUGACGGGAGUGGAGAUGUACCUGCAAAGAAAGAAGUAAAGGGAACGUACGUCUCGAUCCACAGUAGUGGAUUCAGGGACUUCCUCCUUAAACCCGAGAUCCUACGUGCCAUUGUUGAUUGCGGCUUCGAACAUCCAUCUGAAGUGCAACAUGAAUGUAUCCCCCAAGCCGUGCGUAUGGAUAUCCUGUGCCAAGCAAAGUCUGGAAUGGGUAAAACUGCUGUGUUCGUGUUGGCGACACUUCAGCAACUGGAGUUAACAGAGAAUCAAGUCUACGUCUUGGUGAUGUGUCACACUCGAGAACUGGCCUUUCAAAUCAGCAAGGAGUACGAGAGGUUUAGCAAGUACAUGCCGCACGUGAAAGUUGGCGUUUUCUUCGGUGGUUUGCCUAUUCAGAAAGAUGAGGAUUUCCUAAAAACCGUCUGUCCCCACAUUGUCGUCGGUACCCCUGGUCGUAUCCUCGCUCUUGUCCGGAAUAAGAAACUCAACCUGAAACACUUGAAGCACUUUAUACUUGACGAGUGCGACAAGAUGCUGGAAUUGCUAGAUAUGCGCCGGGACGUACAAGAGAUAUUCCGGAGCACCCCGCACAGCAAGCAAGUCAUGAUGUUCAGCGCGACAUUGUCCAAGGAGAUACGUCCAGUCUGCAAAACAACAUUCUUUGUGCAGCCCAUGGAAGUAUAUGUCGAUGACGAGGCGAAGCUCACCUUGAACGGUCUGCAGCAACAUUACGUUAAAUUGAAGGAAAACGAGAAGAACAAGAAGUUGUUUGAGCUACUUGACGUACUUGAGUUUAAUCAGGUUGUCAUAUUUGUCAAGUCAGUACAGAGAUGUAUGGCAUUAGCGCAACUAUUGACAGAACAGAAUUUCCCAGCGAUUGGAAUUCACCGAGGCAUGACGCAGGAGGAGCGGCUCUCCAGAUAUCAACAGUUCAAAGAUUUUCAAAAGCGUAUUUUGGUGGCGACAAAUCUGUUUGGACGGGGCAUGGAUAUCGAACGCGUGAACAUUGUAUUCAAUUAUGACAUGCCAGAAGAUUCCGACACGUACCUGCAUAGGGUAGCACGUGCUGGACGUUUUGGUACCAAGGGUCUUGCCAUUACAUUAGUAAGCGACGAGAAUGACGCCAAGAUACUCAAUGACGUCCAGGAAAGAUUUGACGUAAAUAUCACGGAAUUACCGGACGAAAUAGAUCUCGCUUCUUACAUCGAAGGACGAUAAAUUUGUAAUUCGACUCGAUUACAAAAUUUCUUAAAGAGCACUUGCAAUAAGCUUUUACUUCACGUACUCACCAAUGUAAGAAUAGACACAAAAUAAUAAUAACCGUAAAAAA